AUGCAACUGAAACGCCACCACUCAUCCCUCAAUGACAUUAUUCCAGAUGAUAUCCUCGUUUCCAUAUUCCAUGCCAUCGUCAAUCGCGAGUUUGCAGAUCAGGCACAAGCGUCAGACUGGGAGCGCCAACGCCACCAGUUCCUGUGCACAAUGGACUUGAUCCAGAUCACCCACGUUUGCCGGCGCUGGCGCUACGUCUCCGUGAACGAUCCCAGACUAUGGUCUCACAUUCUUUGGAAGCGACCGAAGUGGUCCGCAGAGAUGCUACUUCGCUGCAAAGGAUUACCCAUUACCAUCGAUCAGACUAUCGACAAUCAUCCGUCAAUUGCAGAUAUGCGCGAGAUCUUGUCUCAUCUGCCUCGCACGAGGGCGCUUCGUCUCAGCGGGCGUCAGAAUGUCUGCAGAGCGUUUGACAAAGAGCUCUCACAGCCAGCGCCGAUGUUGCAAUCAGCGACACUCAUUGGCCUGGAGAAGGCCUACUAUUUUUGGGAUGAUGAAUCCUCAAUCGUCCCGUCUAACCUGUUCGCCGGGAAUGCACCGUACCUCCGUCGCCUCGUCAUCUCUAGGUACACGUUGUCGUGGAAAGCGCCCAUCAUAUCUGGCCUUAGGCAUCUGGAGGUGCGAAUGGACAACCCAUACCCCUAUCGCACGAUCAGCGACUACCGGGAUAGGAUGAUACCACUCACGUCGACCAAUGACAUUCUUGAUGCCUUAGAGCAGGCGCAUGAGCUGCAGACUCUCAUCCUCGCGUUCACCUUACCCUACAUCCCCGAUAACAAGCCACUCCGUUCCAUCGAUCGUAUCAUCCGCAUGCCUAGACUCUCUCAGCUCAUUCUGCAAGGGUACAUGCGCGACUGCGCAGAUUUCGCGGGUCAUCUCGCUAUUCAUCCCAACGCUCGGCUGCAAUAUCAUUGCCUGUACGCCGGAAACGGCGAAGACUCAUCUGAUCUCGCUUUGAGGCUAUUGCAGCCUUGUCACGCCAGCAUUACAUCGAAACCUAUGGAUGUGUUUUAUGCACAUCACGAGCUUCGAUUCUUUGACCUGAAAGCUGUAGAACGAAUGAGUCAGAGCCCUACAUUUGACUUGAUGCUCGAUCAAGGGCCUUUGCGGGGCCCCGAUUCUGAAACACGGAACGCGUGUUUAUUGGCUGCGCUACAGAUCUUGCGCAGCCAAUUCGUUCGACGUGCCGAGGAACACAUUCCUGCAAUCCAUGUCCCCCGUCCUCUCAAUUCUGUAAUUUUGAGUACAUACUCGACACCUGCGAUUGCUUAG